AACAAUAAUGAGGAAGAACUUGAUAAUGAGAUAAAACCUAAUGAAGAAGAAGCUAAACGGUUAAUUAAUGAAGACAAUUCUUUUUAUAACUUAAAGUGGGAUAAUAAUGCAGCUGGUGGUCAGUUACCAUAUUAUUCUGGUGGUUCAAAACGUACUCAGCAACGUAAAAAUAAAGAAUUACGGAAGGCAGCACAAGGAUCAAUAAGUUUGGAUAAUUUUUUUAAACUAAAAACAAAAUUAGAUAUUAAGUAUGAAAUGUCAGACUCAAAUACAAGCGAUUUAGACAUAACAAAUGACAAUUCUAUUUCAAAACAGUUAAAUAAAUUAAAUAACACACUUAAUAAUAUGAAGCAUAUGAAUGCUUAUGAAUACCUUCGCCAUCUAGCUGUUCAUAAAUAUCUUACCAAAAUUUUUGACUAUGAAAAGCCACAAUCUCAUAUAGAAUUAAGUCUUGAAAUAUCGCAACAAAUCUUUCAACGUGGUCCAUGGAUGGCGCGUCGAAUUCUAAGUGGUCAAAAGUACAUAUCAACGCUUAUUGAUGACGAAGACAUACAAAGCUCUUGCUUAUGUUUUAUCCGUACUAUUGGUGAUAGGAUAACUGCAGAAAAAUUUCAAAUUUAUGUUAAGAACAAUAUUUUACCACAUACUACUGGCUCUCGCACAUCAAUUUCAUUAGAAACAGCUCGAACUUGGCUUUGUCAUCUUGGCCUUGUAUAUCAAUCACAUCAACAAGGAUCAAUGAUUUUUCCUGAAGACCUUCCUCUCGAUGAUCCUAAUUAUGUCUUUCGCAAUCAGCCAAAGGGGAUUCGUCAAGUACUUCUUGAGCGCAAUUUAUGGCCUACUAGUGGUUUAAAACUAAAGUGUGAAAAUAACUAUUAUGAUUCAAAUACACCUAAUUGUUGUGCGCAUCAUCUUUU